AUGAUCGACGUCUUGUUGCUGCUAGAUCUGGACGUAGAAAAUGUGGCCGAGAAACAAGAACGGAGCACGGCUAACCCCCGCUGUCGAUGUCGUCGUCAUCGAACCUUGCCGUUGCAGCCUUCAGAUCUGAGCUGUCGGCAGUGGUGGCGACAUCGUGAUGGCGACGGUCGACGUCUUUUUGCUGUUGCUAGAUGGACGGAGAAAAUGUGGCCGAGAAACGAGAACGAAGCAUCGCGAACCCCUGCCGCCACUGUCGUAGUCAUCGGACCUUGUCGUUACAACCUUCAGAUUUGCUGCACCUCCUCCAUCGAUUUGUCACCAACGCAGAUCCCCAAUGUCGAUUUCCCCAUCUCCCCAUCUGCGCUGCUGUUUAAUUAA